CCUCUGAUAUGCCCUGGUAUCACUCACGCCCACUAUAGCCUACCACCAAGGAUGAACAAGGCGCAUUACCUCAUCCACGGCGAUGCUGUCACUCUACCUUGCGGUUUAACUUUAGCGUGCGCGCUUGAACCAGGGGACACCUCGUUUUACGUCUGCUAGUAAAACCGAGAAGAGGCAUAGACUAUGGGAAAUUAUUCUGAAGUCCUUGUGGCAUAGUUUGAAAUUCAUGGCGCCAUGGGUGUUUUUGUUGGAAUUCUCAUCAAUGAAAAAUAUAUCAGGAUGUGUCGGUGUAAUGUAUCGCGUCGGUUUGUCGAGGUUUUUCUGUGGUUUUCGAUCUGCUGAGGGAAGCCAGGGAUCUGGAUCGCACGGUGAUCGACAUGAGGUGGCUGUACUUCAAUAACCUCCACCGUAAUAGUGUCAGAUUGCGUGAAUUGACGAAGAAACACUACAACCCAAAUCAAUGAAGAUUCCGAGGCUUUUCCUGAAGAAAGGUGUGCAUAUGCUGCAGUGUCUCUGUGGAAAGCGAUCGAAGUCGACUACAACCACGAGCGAGCCGCAGCUGAAGGGCAUUGUGACUCGACUGUUCAGCGAGCAGGGCUUCUACCUGCAGAUGAAACCGGAUGGCACUAUAAAUGGGACCAAGGACGAGAACAGCGACUACACUCUGUUUAACCUCAUCCCAGUGGGGCUGCGGGUGGUAGCCAUCCAGGGGGUGAAGGCCGGGCUCUACGCAGCCAUGAAUGGAGAGGGCUUCCUCUACACCUCAGACUUGUUCACAGUAGAGGCAAAAUUCAAGGAGUCUGUUUUUGAGAACUACUAUGUCAUCUACUCAUCGACGCUGUUCCGGCAGCACGAGUCUGGCAGGGCCUGGUACCUGGGCCUCAACAAGGACGGCGUUGUCAUGAAGGGCAACCGGGUGAAGAAGACCAAGCCCUCCUCACACUUUGUGCCCAGACCCAUCGAAGUUUGCAUGUACAAAGAGCCAUCGCUGCAUGACAUCGAGGAGAAGGGACGCUCACGAAAAAACUCAGGGACUGAGGCUCCCACUCUCCUGAACGGAGGAGAAAAAGUGGUGGGGCAGAACUCCACAGAGCAGGAUGGUGGCUCAUAGCCUGCACAUCGCCCCACGUAUUUCUUACACCUUGUUCAACAACAACAACAACGACCAUAAACAACAACAACAACAAACAACAACAACAAAAAUAGAAGAAAAAUCAUACAAUUACGAAAUUCUUGCCUGUGAAAUAUUUUAGAAAAAAGGGAGAAAAUAUUUUUAAAUCAGGACAUUGAAUUGACAUUUUAUGCAAAAGCCUGAUAUGAGUGUGGCACCAGGGAGUUCGUCCUCCUCAUCAUGACAAUGUCAAUGUUUCAAAGCUUUAAACCAUGGUAGUUCACACACGUUGAUUUUAUGAAUGCAACAGCACUUUCACAUACUACUUGUGUCGUUAGAAUCAUGAAUUAGCAUGGUAUUGUAAUUGAUUUAGGGCUUUAUUCAAACAGAUCAGCUUUAGUCGACAUCCACAUAGCAGUUGUUUCGGCGGUGUCGGAGGUGGAACUGCGUUAGAGCUGUCAAAUCGACAAGAGGCUCCUGGCAUUAUACCUAAAACAGACAUUGCCGUUUAAGAGAAAUGUUCGAACACUGGAAUGUGAGAUGUCAUUUACACCUCGAUUAGGCUGAUCCUCCUAAUUUUGUUUUAAAUUUGAGUGUCAUUAUUUCUGUAUAGCCUACACUUUCUCGUUCUGAACUUGGGUGUGGCUUCGUGACAAUGAUCAAGAACAGCUGCUCACUGAUUUGACAGCUCCAACCCAGUUACACCUUCAACACGGCCAAAACAUCAGCUGUGCGGUUGUCGGCUAUAGCCAGUUAACGCUUGAUCUGAUUGAAUCUAGGCCUAAGGCUCUUUCCCCUCUUCCUCCUAUCAUUACUAUAAUUUUCCUUUUGGGUUGGGGAAGGAGGGUCAUGGAUGGGGUAAAGGCAGGGGUUUGGUACGGGGAGGUUCUUCUGCAGACACUGCCGUCAGAGGGGCAUAGGCGUGUAUCACGAAUCCUGCUCUCUGAUUUGCUAUGAUGCCCUCAUUUGGAAGGAGGCGGGCAAGGGGUAUCACUGGGGUAGGGGGGGGGGGGGGUCACGGUACUCCACAGUACCAGUCAUCUGUUGGGCUUGAUGGAGUUAGCUACCUUUCCAACAUUAGGCUGGUCACAUGGUACACUUUAGUAUUAUUGUUAGCCACUUGAGCUGAUAGUGCAGCCACUCACAGAGCUGUCACAUGCCAUGGUCAAGAUGUCUGGGGUGCGGUCAUGCUGGUCCAGAAUUAUCUGUGAGACAGACAUGUAGAGUUCUGAUACUGCACAUAGUACAGUAGUGAAGGGGUACACAGAUGUUUUUUAAGCCAAGAAACAUUAUGUACCAUAUGAAAUUCUAAAAAGCAUUUGAUCGAAAGACCCAGACAAUGAUUUGAAUGUGAGAGAUGUGAUGGACACACUUGAAGGAUCCUGAAUGAGGGGACAGCUAGGGCUAACGAGAGCAGUCAAAGGUCAAACCCUGAUGUCAUAUGUCAUGAUACUUACUGCUGUCAUCAAAACCUGAGUUCCACACCCAGGUAUACCUUCAGACAUCAUCCAGGAAGUCCUUCAUAUUUCAGUGGGACCUCCACUUAUAAUAGCAAUCUAGAUUUUUGUGAGUUGUGCUAAAAGCACAGACUGCUUUCUCAACCAUCCAAAUCAUACAAUGUGUCAUUGUAUAAACCUCAGCAUUCCUGUGUGAUAAGUUGCACUACUGGGAAUCUGUUAUACACUGCCCUGAUUCAUUGUAGACUCUGGAUCCACUGCUGGGAAUAUCUAUACGCACUGCCCUAUAUCCUAUUGUCUUAUUAUCUCUUUACUUAUCACAGUUAAACUCAUCAUGACUCGGUCAACCAACACUGGAGGAGAGUUUUUAGAUAUGUUUAAAUUAGCCUAUCAAGGAGUCAUGAGGUCUAUGAGGUUGUCUCUGAUUGGCUGCUGUGCUGAAGGAGGCCUGGCCUGAAAACGGGUUCCCCCCUGAAUUUUCUUUGUGUAAAUUGGUGAUUUUGCAUUUAAUUGGUGUACUACUACUCCACUAAGGAGAGAAAUUAUCCAAUCACUCCUCUGAGAAGUCUUCCAUUGUGGAAAAUGACACCAGCACUAGGACUAGUUGUGUUGGAGAGUUGGGUCAUUGAUAUGAGGUCAGGUCCAUGGCAUACAGGCAAUGAAUGGUAUGGGGGCAAAAAGAGCCCUGCCUAAAUGUGUACCGGUGUGUUUGGAUAUCUCAUCAAGGAGGUAGGCCCUUUGUCGAUCUCAACCUGAUCAUGAUGGGUAUAACAGAAGGGUGCGAUUAAUGCCAUAUUUACGGUAAAUGGUCUUUCUAUGUGUUUGCUAAUGUUUGCACCUUUAUUGAAACACCUUCAUAUGCAUAAUAUAAUAGAAAAACAUUGCAAAUAAACAGCAGGAUGAAAAAUAUAACUGAACAAUAAAAAAUAAUGAUACCAAA